AAGGGCUGUGGCUACCACCUGGACCUGCUGGUGGUGGGGGUGAUGCUGGGCGUGUGCUCCAUCAUGGGGUUGCCGUGGUUCGUGGCGGCGACCGUGCUCUCCAUCUCGCACGUCAACAGCCUGAAGAUGGAGUCGGAGUGCGCCGCGCCCGGCGAGCAGCCGCGCUUCCUCGGCAUCCUGGAGCAGCGCGUCACCGGCUUCAUGAUCUUCGUCCUGAUGGGCUGCUCCGUCUUCAUGACCUCCGCCCUCAAGUUCAUCCCGAUGCCGGUCCUGUACGGAGUCUUCCUCUACAUGGGGGUGUCCUCGCUCAAAGGGAUUCAGCUGUUUGACCGGAUCAAGCUGUUUGGCAUGCCGGCCAAGCACCAGCCGGACCUGAUCUACCUGCGCUACGUCCCCCUGUGGAAGGUCCACGUCUUCACCGUGCUGCAGCUCACCUGUCUCAUCGUCCUGUGGACCAUCAAGGCCUCGGCCGCCGCCGUCGUCUUCCCCAUGAUGGUCCUGGCGCUGGUGUUCAUCCGGAAGCUUCUGGACUUCUGCUUCACCAAGAGAGAGCUGAGCUGGCUGGACGACCUGAUCCCCGAGAGCAAGAAGAAGAAGGACGACGACAAGAAGAAGAAGGAGAAGGAGGUAGACGAGGGGGGGGGCGUCGCUAAGGGCGUCGCUAAGGGCGUCGCUAAGGGCGUCGCUUAG